AUUUUUGGUUUGCGUUGUGGUUUAGUGAAUGUUUGAAGGUAUGUUUGAACACAAGUAGAGUUGGGAAAUGUAUUAUGAUUUUUUGAUAUUACAUUUUUGAGAUGGCGAUGCGCGAUGCAAGGCUUCAAACCUGCACAGAUUUUUCUACGCCUUCAAUCGAAGGUUGUUUUUUUUAUAAGGGUUGGACCUGUAGCUCUGUCCCAAUAUUUUCCCAGAGAGCUGCAGAUCUGCAUAGAUCUCCAGUGUAGUGUGUUAUCGUAAAAGUUCACCGGCAGUAGUGACGUCUCCAUAUGAGUGAAUAUUCUCGAGAGGGACGUUAAACAAUAUUCAAUCAAUCGUAAAAACUUGUCUCACCAGAGGGCGCAUUGCGCAAGCUUCACUUACACGAGAACAGCGCACGAAAUUCUGGGUAGUGAAUGGUAUAUAGCUUAUUCCUGCUGAAAUAGUCUGUGUCUGCUGCCCAGUCUAUGGGAAUACACGCGGAUAUUGCAUAAACAUUUUGAUCGAAAAUUGGUUUUCAAAAAUGUAUACUUAUAUUUACUAAAUGAUCGAAUAUUAAAGUAGACAAAAACCUAACUGUGUGAAUAAGAUUUCACGGUGUUUCGUCUUUUUUUAAUUAAUCAAUUUUUUUAGUUUGUAAAUUCUAGUAAUAGAACCGGAAACGAAUAUAGAUGUUUCGCUAAAGAUGGAAGAAGCGGGGAAAACGUACUGAGUCAAAGGGGGGGGGGGGAUAUUUCUUUACUGGGGCGCUUUUUCCUAGAAGUGAAAGAUGGGCUUGGGUAAUUCUUCAUAAGGGGAAAUUCUAUGAUGGGCUCAUUUCCGAGGGAAAGUCUAACCCGGACCCGUUUUUACGAGGGGGGGGGGGGGUGUCCUUACAAACAAAAGUCUACGCUGCAAUGUGUGUGCGUGUCGCUGGACUACAGAUUCGUAGAUCGUGAGUUCGAAUCCAACGGGGCAAUCGGUUUGUUUCUUAUGUUCGUUAUCUUUAAACAUCAUGAUAUUAAUGUCUAUGGAAGUAAUAAUCGUUUUUGUAAGAAUUCCACCUUGUCAUAUUUUCUUCGAGAUUCAGUUACGAAUAGCAUGCAAUGGAAAAAGCAUUCUUUCACCCUAGAAACGACCAUUUUGAACCGCGGCUUGAGGUGGCUUUUAAGGUCAUGCCCAGUUUUGUACCUCUUUGAACUUUUUGGAAUAAUUCAAAUAAGUAUGGCACGGUAAGCGAAAAGACACGACAAAGAUACAAUGUAAAUCUGUCAAUUAAUCUACUUUGUGAGUUGACGCAAAGAAUAAACACGCCGAGAGUAGAGAAGAAGAGAUUUAUCAAAAAAGGAAAAACAGGAACAAGGGCAAUGGAGACUGAGUAUAUUUGUCUUUAAAUCCUUUUGUCAUUAUUUGCUUAGCGUAUACCUCAUUGUGGCAGUGUAACAUUUGAGAUUGAACCACCCAACAAUGUCUUAUGUGUCAGUAUUGCUUUCAUCUGCUCAGUGAGUGUCUUUUAACCCAUUCUUCCCAUAUAAUACGUACACACAGCGGUCAUACGUGAUCAUUAGGUGCCAAACAAACCCCACACCAACCCAGAGAUUCUUGAUCAUACCUGUAGAUGUAGUUGUCUCCUCUACCCCACCCGUGGCUUCUGAUUUUAAUGGUGGGAAUUUUGACUUUUUACUUCACCAAGACAACAUUUACCUACCCAUUUACCUAAACAAGACUGACUGCGUUUCUGCCUUGGUAUUUAAUUAUUUAUUCCUUAAAAACCUAUGCAUUGAUUACAUUUCUUAUACUAGUAAAAGUACAGUGCGUGGUUUUAAAGUAUCAAUUGAUUUGAAGUACAUGUAUUAGAUAUAGGACAACCGUACGUUUAAUUACCGGCGAGUUCUUACGAUGCUAGACUCUGUAUCAUUGGCUUAUUUUCAAAACUGUCAUCGUGUUUGCCGGUUACUAAUAGUUUAUUACACGGACGUGAUGCAAUAAAUCACCAAGAACACACAGGAACUUGUCGAAUAUAUGGAACGCGCAAACGAUUUAGUGUGAUACACAAACUCCUAACAUACAUUGUAAUCCAUAGGUCAACAAUCGAAUCUUAAAGAUAAAUACAAUAGCAGUCGUCUCCUCAAACAUUAUCUUUCAUUACAACAUGUCGAUGUCUCCGUUGUAACGGUCCGUCUACAAGAAGACCGAUAUUAAUCUCAGCAAGUCUUUGUGGGACUUUAGAAGACCUUUUGGCAAGAGUAAAACAAACAUCAAUGAGACCCAGGCGACAUAACUCUCUUUGACCCACAUUUACACAGUGCUAGUGACUAUAAUUACACAGUGCUAGUGACUAUAAUAGGUCUGUUGUUGGAGAAAAAUGCUUUACUGCACGAUAUCUAAAACAUAAGAUCAAAAGGUAAAUUAGAUCACGGACUUUCAAUUUCUGUAGAGUCUUCAUUCUGUUGUAAAUCUGUUCUUCCGAAUGUCCUCCUAAAAAGAGAGUCCACGUGCAUUUGCCUAGUUUUCCUCUUACCAUAAAAACAGACAGUUGCGUGCACAAUGACCAAAUGAUGUUAGUAUAGAUCCUUCUUAAGAACGGGGCGAUUGGGGAGAUCCAACACUUCUGAGAAGAGCUGGGCUACCUUGUUGCAGUUUACAGUUCGUUGUGCGAAUUAAACCUUGAUCUAUCAGAUACCAGUAGCUAGGGACGUAAUUGCUGUUAAGGAAGAAAAUAAUUAAAUGAAGUUUGUGAAAGAUACCACAAGUCAGUCCCAUGGAUUACAGUCGAUUAUCACAUGACCUGGUGGUUCCUUUGAUGGCCUCAUCUGUAGUGCGCUGUUGGUGAGGGCAAUAUCAAUUAGUUCCUUAUGGAGAUGAUUUAAUAUGAUAGAUCUUAUUUUCGAUCUAAUGAUGAAAUCUAUAUUAUUCACAGCGACAUCAACACAUAAUAACGGAUUGGAUGGACAUUCUACACUCAUUAUAGUGACGUCUCCAGGGCAUUCAAUGGGGGUACUUAAGUCAACGUAAGCCUGCAUAAAACAAAUGAUUAACUCAUCUUUUUUUCUACAGAAGCACCUGCUGUGCUCGUUAACAGCACUACAUGAAAACAUCACAAUAGGUGAAACUUAACCUUGUUUCGUUGAGAUGGUCCACUAUCUUUGGGUGGAUUUUAGGAAUUGUCUAUUUCAUCACUUUAUUGCAUUGAAUUUCAACAGAAAUAUGAAGACUCCGCGUGUAGUGCAGAAUGCAAGAAUAUGUAUGUGUGCAAAAUGAAAUAGCAGGAACAAAGCUGGUAUAAAUGCAUGAGAGAUGGGGAAAGGGAAAAUAAUUCGUGGCUGUGGAUAAGUUUCAUUUUUUUUGGGUUGAUUUAUACCUUGCCCGAUCACUCAAUCGGUUUUGACGCAAGGGAACUAACUAUUUUAUUUUAAAAGAGAUCAACCUUGGCGAUCAAAUACUCUAUUAUGUGGGAAUAAAGAGUACUUUCUAAAUUCACUCUUGAAAAAAAAAAGUGUGAUAGCUAUCGCAGAGUUGAAUUUAUUUCUUAAAAAUAUUACAUAAUCUAAAUAUCUCCCGCACAUUGUAGAGCCAAGAGCUCAUAUCGCUUCGCCCAUGUAGUGACAUUGAUACCUCCCAUUCCUAAUCUAAUGUAUGCAUUGUCAAUCAACGUGUAUGUCCGGUUUCGAUCUUUCUUAUCAAUUCUGUAAAACGAAAUUAAAAUCCACGGCUCUAUAAAUAGAUUUCAAUCAAUUUUAAGUUUUGGAAAGUUGUAGCAAAAAUGUUCUAUGAAAUAAUAAAAAUUAACAAGACUGAGUCCUGUCUCUGAACUUUUUAUAUGUAUGUUUAUGAACGACGCGAACGCAUUGGAUUCAAAGCAAAUUCCGUAGUCAUUGGCGAAACACAUUGUUUUUAUUUAAAUUCAAGCUGUGCAUUGGAUGAAGGAAUAUCUUUAGAUAUCAUUCUAUUUAGUAAAUGGGCUGUUAGAUUUUACUCACUGAUUACUUGAUACGAUUUGCACCGAGCCAUCAGAUAUUGAAAUACGCUUCCACGGGCAGGCCUUGUCCCCUCUUCAUGCUUGUUGAAUUCUUUGAAGUUGAACGUUUAUGAAGCCACGUUAGAUGCAAACAAAAUAGUAACCAUGAACCCAUCGAAUAUUUCAAGGGAAUGCAUGCACCCUCAAUACACAUGUGAAUCAUAGCUUACUAAUGUAAACUUAACCUAUUUAUAAUAUAUGUAAAAAAAAAAAAAAAAAAAGAUAUAAAGAUACUUGUCCAUUAGACGCUGUGAAAUGUCUCGCACCUGCUUGGUUUGAUGUGCGACUCCCUCACUCCUUAUCAGAUUUCGAAUCCAACAAUCUUGAACAAUGUGUAAGAUUUGCUCUAACUUGUUUGGAUAACUUUUUGUGAUUAACUGAAUCAAUCUGAAUGAAUAAUCUGCAGAAAACAAUCCUAAAUUUUGGACACAGUAUCUCGCUAUGAAGAAAGCGAAUCCUUUACCGCCGGUAGACCCCAAAAGACAACAAAAUAUUUCACGCGUUGACGAAAGAGAACUUCCAUACGGAAAAAUAAUUAAGAUGUACAGAAACGGCGAUAGGUUCUUCAAAGCAAAAGGAAUUCUGGUGAACGAAAAUCUCUUGAAAACAUGGGAGAUCUUUUUGGAUACAGUGCAAGAAAAAUUGAAGUUCGACCGACCAGUGAGAGGGAUUUAUACCCCAGAAGGAGGGACGGAAGUAUCUACCUUUAAUCAGCUUAUGGAUGACCAUUCUUACGUUGCUGCUUCCGGUAAAUUCGAACCUAUCAGAUACACAGCUAUAGAAGGCCAUAGUCCAAGACCGUCCAAAAUAAAUAAAACCAAUUUUAAUAGUAGGAUUGAACCAGUUUUUCACAGCAAAAUAAGGCAAGAUGCCAGGUUCAGGCAAAGUCAAGCAUUUGCUAGCAGAGCAAAACGCAUCACAGUUGCUGUAAACAAUGAUGACAUAGACCACUCCCAUGUUGUUUUAAUUCCUGCCAACAAAACUAAUAAUCUUCAAUCCAUCUUAGAAACUGUGGAUUAUGACCUCAACGUCAAGAAGGGCGUCAACCACAGAGUGGAAUAUUUGGUGGACAAUGAUUCGGAGGUUAUCUGUUCGAAUCCUGAUGAUAUCAUUGAGGAUCACAUCUAUGUUGCUUGUAAUAGUAGCCGUAAAUUCCAAGCCAAGUCAUACUCCAAGGACGGGAGGAAAAACUUUGUGGUCAUUCCAUCACCACGCCCUUUACAGAGGCCUAGGUUUAUCUGGCAAAGAUCUUAUGUGAAUGGCUCCCGGGAAAACAAGCGUCCUAGUGAAUUUCAUACUUUAAGAACACUUCCUCCCAUUGGAUCCAAGAACUACAAGGGAUCUCCGGAUAACUCAGUAACAUCAAACCCUGAAUAUAGAAGGAAACCCAAUCAAGCAAAUGGUGCAAUUCACACGAAGCCGCAGAAACAUAAGCGUACCCCAGAGAAGAAACCCAAGCAGACCGAUUAUGAUAGAGAUGACGGUGGUGUUUUUAAGGCCAAGGAGACAAACAGACACUCUAAAGGAGCUAAGGAGGUAGGGGAGACAAAAGAUACACGGACAGACCUCCCCAUAGAUCAGGUCCCUGCAGAGGAGGUUAAGGAUGAAAAGAUCAAAAGCCAGAGAACACCAAAGGCUUCCCAGAAUUCUAUGAAAGAUAAAAAUUCAAAAACUAGUACAAAAGCAGGCACCAAGGAAACCACCCAAAAAACCAACAGCAAAACCAACAACAACAAUAAAACAAAUCAGAAAACAGCUGACCACUCUCAUGGUUCAAAGGAUCCUGCCCCUCAAAAACAUUCAGGAACAAGGGGAGAGUUCAACAAUGUAUCUCCUCUCCCAAAUAUUGGGCACACAAAUAACAGGUCCUCCACUCCAGUAGGAAGAAAUGGUCAAAACUCUCCAACGCAGAAAGAAUUGGAUUUGGCUGCAACAAAAAUACAAGCAAAUUACAGAGGCCAUAAAACAAGACAAGAACUUACUAAAGAGAAAGAGAAAACCAAUAAAAAGGAUGCUCUAAGCAAUUCACCACCAGCCAAAGUGGAUGAUAAAAAGGUUCCCAAUCAGCAAAUGAAAGAGGAUGAAGCAGCAACGAAAAUUCAAGCUGGAUUCCGUGGACACAAAACUCGCGAAGAACUUAAAAAAGAAAAAGAGAAACAACAGGUAAAAGAUGCUAAAAAAUCUUCCGUUAAUACAGGUAAGACAGUUUCCAAUGGAAGCCAGAAAACGAGUAAAGACCAGCAAAUGAAUGAAGAAGACAGGGCAGCAACUAAGAUACAGGCUGGCUUCAGAGGACACAAAACUAGAAAGGAUCUAGCACAGAAGAAGCAAGGAGAGGAAGAGGAGUUGACUCAUGCUGCAACCAAAAUCCAAGCCAACUACAGAGGACACAAAACUAGGAAAGAACUGAAAGAUAAUCAAGCACCAAAGGAGAAUCAAGCACCAAAGGAGACCAAGACAAAUCAAUAUACCAGUGAGGAAGAACAAGCGGCAACCAAAAUUCAAGCUGGUUUUCGAGGUCAUCAAACUAGAAAACAAUUAAAUCAACAGGUAUGUUACCCCGGAGCACCCUCUGCUGUUGUUGUUAAGUCUGUUAAAACUAAAUCAUCAAACUAUCUCGCAAAUAGAAAUGACACUGAAAUAGAAGAUGAAGAAAAUGAAUUGAAAUUAAUUGAAAGAAGGCGUGAAGCUGUUACUGAUAUUCAGGUAUGUUUUAAAGCCUUUUUAAAGAGAAAUCCCAGGUUGUCGUCAGUAUCUAGCUUGUCCAUAGGGUCAGGGGAGUUGUCUGGGUUAUCUUUAAAUGGUUUAGACUUUGAUGAAGAUGACAUUGUAGAUAUAGCAAAAUUCAAAGCAAAAAAGAUAAUCUAUGGGUUUGUUACUAUUAUCCAAGCUUCUGCUAAGGCAUUUAUUGUGAGAAAGGCUCAGAAAGAAAGGGAAAAUUGGAUGAAAGAGACAGAGAAAGGAAUACUGCAUGAAAGAAGACAGCUAGCUGUUACUUUACUUCAGAAUGCAAGCAAAAGUGUGGUUACACAAAAGAUGAAAGCACAGAAGGAUGUGAUCAAAGAACGAGAGAUACUUUUGAAAAGUGUGACAGAGUGGAAUAAUGCAAAAGUGAAUGCUUUAAAAACAGUACAAAUUAACUGCAAAGAGUUUGUACAGAACAAGAGAAAGCAGAUAAGGAUCAAAACAUUGAAGAAUCAAACGAUUCUCCAAUCAAAUUGUAGGAUGCUUCUUACAAAACUAACAGUGAAAAAUCGUCUUCUCAGGAAAGCAAUGUUACAGGUAAGAUCAUUAGCACAGGAAGAAGUUUUCAAUGUAUUGAAGUGUGUGGAAGAGAAGGAAACUGCAGCAACUAAGAUACAGGCAGGUUAUAGGGGAAUGAAAGUGCGAAAGAGCCUGACUAAAGACACUUUGCACUCUGGUCUCAAAACAUCAGAAAUUGGAAGUGUAAAUGCAGUGUUACUACACUCGGGAAGCCAAAGAGCAAGAUCAGCAAAGUGUCGUCACAUUCAUGAUGCAAAACAUUUUGAAGCUGUAACUUUUCUACAAGUUAUCAUGAAAACCAGUUUACAAAGGAUUAGAACUCUGCAGACUGUCCACAGAGUUCAUAUUAAAAAUGAAGAAGUUACAGUCUCCAAAGAAGAAAGGAGGGAUGAUGGGGAUGGGAGGAGUGUUUCUAUUGUGUUUGAUGAGGAAGAUGCACGCAAAAAUAUCUCCUCAAAAAGUGUUGACAUGGGGCCAAACACUGUUUUCUCUACAUCUGAGGAGGUAUCAGUUUUGAGUUCCCCAGGUAAGGAAAGGUAUGCAGGGGAUGGGGCCAGUAUUCUAACUGUUACAAUGUCACCAGUUCAAAAAGAUAAUGACUGGGAUGAAUGCAUGCAUCUUAGAGACGAUGGUGAUGGAAAGAGCAAAGCAUUCCAUUCUUCACUCAAACUCGGCAAUGAAAGCAAGAAAGAAAUUGAUCAUAGUGAAUACCUUGCUAUUCAGGAAAAUGCUGCUGUAACAAUACAGUCGGGGUAUAGAGGUUAUUACACCAGGAAAUGCAUCAGUCAAAGUUUGAAUCAGAAUGAUGACAAGAAGUCCAAUAGUCAGAGUGUUCAUUUAUUAGAUGAUGGAGAUGGUCGAAGUAUAACAAUGGUUCAUGAAGAAGAUAAAGCUUUAGUAAACAAUGCCGCUACUGUGGUACAAUCAGGGUUCCGGGGACACUGGUUACGAACACGACUAGGAAUUACCAAACCUAAGAGAUUGGUACUGGAUGGCAAGCAUGAAAAAUCUAAAAUUAUGAAAGAAACAACAGAUUUAUUUAGAAUGGAUGAUGGUGAUGGAAGAUGUGAAAGCUCUGCUUGGAGAACAGAUAAUACAGUUGAAUCAACUAGAAGUGAAAAAGUUGAGUUGAACAGUAUGCCAUUUAAAUCAAAUGAAACAAAUCUCGGUGAACAAGACGAAAAUAUUUAUCAAACACAAGAUAAUUUUGAGCAAGAGAAGGAUAGCGAAAAGGAUAAGGCUGCAUUAAUUAUUCAGUCUUCAUUUAGAUCUUUCCAAACUAGAAAACAAUUUAUGAAAGAUGUACACAAAGGUAAGACAGAUGUUACUAAGUGUGAUGAAAUGAAUAAAGCAGCUGUGAAGAUCCAAGCAUCAUACAGAGGAUACAGAAUUAGAAAACAAUCUCAAGAAGAGUUGAACAGGGAGGUUAAAUCCUCAGAAAAUAACGAAAGGAAGGAUGUUGUAGAUGGAAGAUAUUAUCAUAGAACAAUAGGUAGGGUAGAUAUAUAUAAUGAGGGAAACUCAGAGACUAGGAAUCUUGAAAAGCAGUGGGAAAAUGUGGCAAAUGUUAUGGAAAAAGAUUCUAUAGAUGAUAAUCUUUCCACAUGGGAGGAAAAGUUUCAGCAAAAUAAUGAAAACAAUUCCCAAGAGAAAGAAAACAUACAGAGAAAGGUAGAUGAAGUUGUACAACAGAGAAUGCAACUUGAAGAUGAUGGGGAUGGGAGAAGUAUUCACAGCAUGAGGACAAUGAGUAGAAUGUCAAAUAACAAGCACAACCAAGCAGAGAGAGAUCAGGAUAAUUCUAUACUCAGGGAUGAUGGAGAUGGUAGGGGUUUCUCUUUCCUUAAGCAUGGACAUUCUGCAGGAUCAAGCAACAAGAGUCAUGGGGUUGUACCCUUAGCAAUGAAACAGUAUGAGCAAGACACAGCAGCAACCAAAAUACAGGCACAUUACAGGGGAUACAGAGUUAGGAAAAGUGGUUAUGUGGGCAGGAAAGUUAGUAGUGCUGGAAACUCUAUCCCAGACGUAUUUCAUUAUGUAACCUAUAAUGACAUUGGGGAGAUAGAUACAAAGAAUUCUGCAGGAACUUCUUUAUCUGCAAUUUCAGAUGAGACUGAAGGAGAAGACAUCAAUGAAAAUGAUAUCAUGGACAUAAAGCAAAGAGCAGCUUCUAGAAUCCAAGCACAUUUUAAAGGAUAUAGAUGUAGAAAGAGGAUAAAGUCUGCUAAGGAAAAUGAAAAUUUUAGGGACAAACCAAGUGGUCUUAACAUUACCAUGAAAGAUAGUGUUACUGUUUUACAAGCUGGCUUUAAGGGUAUCCUGAAAAUCAAAGAAGAUACUUUUGAUGAUGAUCCCUACUUUCCUCCAUCAUCCACACCUCCACUGCAGGAGUUUCAGCAGCCUCCUGCUAGGAUGCUUACCAGCAACCUUCCAAAUGAAGUGAUGAAGAGACAGAUGACUGUUCCUCAAAUAAUACAGAGGGAUGUUAAUAUUACAUUAUUACAGUCUGCCGCAAGAGGUCUUGCAGUAAGGUCUAAACAUCCAGACACAAAGACAGCAAAACCAGAAAUUAGCCACUGUGUUUCAUAUAGGAAUAAAGAGACAAAGAAAAGUAACAGUGAAGUCACCAAUUCAGGAACAUUUAUUUUAACUGAUGAGCGAAAACGGGAUACCAAAAGUAUGUUUGUAUCAAAUCAGUUGUCAACAGCUUCAGAAAAUGACACUUUAGCAAACAACAGUGUUGAUAGUGGACAUUACAUAGUUAAGGUAAGUGAUAAAGACAUUGAAAGUAUGACAAAUAGAGAGGCAGAAAGAGAGAGUGAUGAAAAAGGUCAUGUUAAGGAGGAGAAUGAGAAUCAAAUGAGUUCUGCAAGUGUUGAGAGUAGAAUGAAAAGUUGUGAAAAUGGAAUGGAGAGUGAUAGAAAUUCAGAACUUAGAUCUGAUGAUGGUGAUGGUAGAAGCAGUGCAAGAAAAAGUGCCAGGAAUGAAAUGAAAGCGAAUGUAGAAAACAAGGAUUCAGCAAUAUCAAUAGCUCCCAAUAUGGAUGUUAAUGGAAAAUGGGUCAAUGUUUGUGAUGGGCAUGAACAAACAAAGACAACAAAUGAUAGCACUGUUGAAAUUUCUUGCAAUGAAGAUGAUGACAUAACUAAAGGUGAGUCAUUUCAUCCAAAGGUCAGAGGUCCAGUGAAGGUUCUACAUCAAAGAAAUAUCGUCAUUACAUCUCGGGAUGACAAUCCCAAAUCUUCUCUCUGUUUGGAUUAUUUGGAUCAUCAGUUGUUUGAUAUAACAUACAGAAACAGAUCAAGACGCCCCAAAUCCUUGGAACUUAAAAGAACUUUACCUGUUCUUCCAACUCCUUUGGUAUUUAGAUCAAAAACAGAAAUGAUUCUUGGAAAGGGAAUCAAAAAACAAGUUAUUUCUCAAGAAAUGUUAACAUUUUCAUUUCCAAGGAGAAUGAGAAGUAGUUUGAGUGCCAACAAUCCAGAUUUUAAAAGUUUUUCAAAUAUACAGCCAAGUUCUCAAUCUCUAUAUUUUGAUAACUCUGAUCCAUUUCAAAAGGGUGUUGAAUUCAGAGGGCAAAAGGAAAUUGGAAUGAAUUCAUUAACUAAACUUGGUAGUAAACAGGUCUCAUUUGACUUGUCUGCAGAAAGAAAGAAGCAAAGUAAGUCUCCUGAUGUAAUGAAUGUGGAAAACGGGUUAUUAAACACAAAGAAAAUGAUUGAAGAUGAGGAAAUGUAUGACUUGAAGGGAAAGCAGUUAAAUGCAGAGAGUGAAAUUGAGAAAGUGAGCAAGUGUAGUACAGAUGAAGAAGGACAGAUGAGUUCCAAUCAAGAGAGUUUGGGAAGGGAAGGGGAAGAGAUUGUAGAAAACAGAAGUGAAAGUAAGAUCGAAAGAGAAAUUGCAAAUGAUAGUGAAACUGGAGGGUGUGGUGAAAUAAAAUCUGCUCAAGAAAUCACUUUGGAUGAGCAGUUGAAGUUGAGUGGCAGGCAUAGUAGUGCAGAGAGUGUUCAGAGCUCCGGUAGUGGGAGAGCUGUAUUUAGUGAUGACGGAGAUGGAAGUAGAUUGAGGACCAGUAUGACUGAAGGAAACAAUGAGGAAAAUGUUUAUGACAAAAGGAUACAGAUUUCAGACUUAAACAAAUUGAAACAAAGUAGUGUGGACAGCUCUGAGAGUCCUGGUGAUCCCAAUUUAAGUGAUGAUGGGGAUGGAAGACAAGUUAAUUUCAGUACAGCUGGGAGUAAUAUACAAACCAUAUAUUUAACAGGGGAGGAGAAUACAGAAAGACAAAGUACCGCUGUGUCUGUAGAGGGUGCUAGAGCUAAUGGUGAACACAUUACAUGUGAGGCUGGAGAAGUAAGUAAUUACAAGAGUAGGACAGCUGAAAGUAAAACACCAGAUGUGGGUGGUGUUGAAGAGGAGAACGUCUCCAGACAAAGUAGUGCUGUUAAUAUCUCCAAAGCAAGCUGCAGUGGUGAUCCUGUGUUCAGUGAUGAUGGGAAUGGAAAUAAAGUCGGGGAUGAUACACAUUCAAGAAAGACAGAAAUGUGUGGGGGUGUAAGAGAAGAGCAAAUAUCAAGCUUCAAUCUUGAUAGACCUGUAAAAUCAGAAAGUUCUGUUGGUAGUGGCAAUCCUCUUUUCAGUGAUGAUGGAGAUGGGAAUAGAGACAGAGUGAUUGUGUUUGAAAGUGAAAAUAAAUCUCAAGAGAAUGAAAGUAAGAAUAAGUCUCAAAGUGAUAGCAAGUCUUUAGAAAUCCUGGGUACUAAAGAAGAUGAGAAAACUUCAAGACAAAGUAGUGUUGUCCUGUCUAGAGCUAAGAAUGGUACUCCUAUGUUCAGUGAUGAUGGGGAUGGGGUCAGAGUCAACACUAUUGAAAAUGAAAAUAAAAAGGAGACAACAGAUUCUAGACUAAGUAGUGUUGUUAAUUCAGGGGGUUCUAGAAUAGGUAGUGGGAACCCUGUUUUUAGUGAUGAUGGAGAUGGUCGAUCAUUGAGGGUUAAAUCUAAAACUCUUAAAGGCAUUAAAGAGUUUAUCAUUCCUAAACCCACUCCUUCUCAAGAUAUAGAAAUACCAGACAGGAAACAAAGCAAAUCUGACCUAGAUGUUGUUGACAACCGGACUGAAAUGUGAAUACUAUUAAAUACUGAAAAUUUGAGUGUAACAAUAAUUUGAGUUACAAUUUGGUGUCUUUAGGAAAUUUCGUCAUUUCUAUGGGUAACAGAUAUGCUUAAUUAUCAUUUGAUUGUCUUUAUUUGGAGAUGUUUGAUGAGAAAGCACCCUUUUUAUGCAAACUUGCUGAUUUUCACAAACCUAACAGGCUGACUGGCACCUGAAAAUUAGAGAGAGAAAAUAUUAGUUGUAUUUUACCCUGACAUAUUGUACAUUGCAUGAUUGUGCAAUAUUUCUUUGAUUUAUUGCAAGACUUUCUUAUGUACAUGUGCUUAUAUAUAAAAGCCAUUGAAUGUGUAUUCUUACAAGCAUGACUAUAUA